UCGCUAUGUGCUGCGCGACACUUACGUCAUUGGCACUGUAGUAAAGUUUAUUUUAAAAGUUCCAUUGAAUAAUGAGUGCUGCCACGUGAAGUUAAUCAAAAAAAUAAUAAAAGUAAGUGGCGGAAAAGUAAAUGACACUCGUCGGUAUUUCGUAAUUUUGUUUCUCGCCCACGUUGAGAGUACAUUCAUAAUAGUUCGUCUCAGAUAACAUCUGUGCUAGAUUACUUGCCAAUCUGUGAUCAGAGGGUAUGUUUUUCAAACCUCAUCUUGCUUCGUUGUGGUAUUUGUUUUUGUAAUCGGUGUUGUUUGUUUGGGUUGGCGGGUGAGUGAAAGUAAGGUUAAGGACGCAAGCUGGCAAAACUUCAGCAAGGUCACUCACGCUUUCUUGAUCACGCCAGCAGUAAUUGAUGAAUCAUAAAUUAGUGGCGUUACCAGCGGUUGUACUAGCGGGAGCUCAAAUGUAUACAGAACAGCCGUUUCCUGACGUGUUGCUGAAUUCUUAUCUUUCAGCUAUAGGCGAUAAAUCGUACGACGUCACAUUGUCGGAGGACGAAAAAUAGACACUAGUUAUUGGAUGCUGAUAAGAGAUCUGUAGUAGUGAAACCUGUUUAAGUGUGUUUGCGUACCAUCUUUUCAAAGAGAUCUGCUGUUCAGAAGUUUUGUUGGGAAUAUGUGCCUUCCAGCAGAGUGAGAGUUCCAGUUCCACGGCACACGCAGAGAGAGAGAGAUGUCCAAAAUGACAGAACAGAAAGGUAGGCCACAUAUCAUCGGAUAUUGGAUGUCGGAGAAGAAGAGGCAGAAACUGAACUGGACAGAAUUUGGAACUACGUGCAAGAGGCACGGAUUUGACUUAGUUAAGCUGGACUUGACGAGAUCACUAGAAGACCAAGGCCCCUUCUGUGUAAUCCUGCACAAGCUUACUGAUAUCAUUGUUCUUGCUAGUCAAGGAGAUAAAAAGGCGGAAGCAAUGGUUCAGAGGGUCGAGAGUUACCUAGAUGCCCAUCCGGAGGUGGCGGUCAUCGAUCCCCUCGACAACGUCAGGAAACUACUCGACCGAUUCCACUCGUACAGCAUUAGCUUGCGCAGUGGUGUCGAUAGCCUCGAUGCCUUCACGCCAAAUUUUGUGGAGCUGUUGUCUGAAGAUGUGGAAGACAACCUGAGACGGCUGAAGGAGGCGGGUGUCACAUUCCCAUUUGUGUGCAAGCCUUCUGUUGCCCAUGGAUCAAGCAGAGCUCACAAGAUGUGCCUCAUCUUCAACGAGCGUGGAGUACGUGACUGUCAGCCUCCGUGUGUGGCUCAGAGCUUCAUCAAUCACAACGCCAUCCUGUACAAGAUAUAUGUGGUGGGAGACAGACAGCACAUCGUCGAGAGGCCAUCUCUCAAGAACUUCUACCCGUGUGAUCGAGACACGAUUUUUUACGACAGCCACGACGUGUCGAAGGCAGAUUCGCAGUCGGCGCUCUCCGUGCUGGACCCGGAGGACGCGGCAACAGUUCCCCAGCCACCGCCCCCGGAUCCCGAGAGACUCCGGGCGGUCGUCAACGCACUACGCUCCAAGCUCGGGCUGGCGCUCCUCGGCGUGGACGUGGUCGUCGAGAACUGCAGUGGCCGCAUCGCCAUUAUUGACAUCAAUGCCUACCCUGGUUAUGACGGCUUCCCCAACUUCUUUGAGAGCCUGAUGACGUGCAUCCUGGGAGCCGUAGAGUCACACCGAACAGACGUGCCGGAUGCGGUGCUCUCCAAUGGAUCGGACAGCUUCUCCAGUGGACCUGGCAGUUCUGCUUGCAGCAAAACUAGCAGCAGCACGAGCUCACCAGGUGACCAGGACGAUUCCGGCUUCGACACAGGCGGCGACUCGAGUGACGAGAAGAAGAAGAAGUGGGGCCGACGCCUUCGUGGGAGCGGCGGCUUCGCGGCAGUCGCCGGCAAGUAACAGCUCAGGUUCCUGGGGACAGUUGUGCCAGAUGAACUCCCGGAGCAGCUUUGUGUUAGCUGCCUCAGAGUGUGCAUUCUCUUCUUCGUUGGCCACCAACAGAGACAGUGAUUUACAUUCCAGUUUCUGCACUUUUGUCUCUCUGGAACCUCUUCGGCUGACUUUCUUGUGUGUAUUGACUGUGUUUGAAACAGGAGGAACUCUGACUUUUCAACUGUGUUCAUUUAGUAGACAAAAAAAGGGGAGAUGUUGCUGAAAUUUAAAAAAGUGUUACACCUCUGUUGCCUUCAAGAUACUGUUUCCUGAAUGAGACACUCUGAGUCCCGAGAACAAGUUAAAUUGUUGUAUUCAGAUCUCUCAUAAAGCAUUUAUUUAGUGUCUAGAAAUGUUUCACUAUUUUAAGCGUGUAUUAAUGUUCGAGUGUUCUUUAGGCAUUGCUUUUGUGCAACUGUCAUUUUAAUAUGUCAGGUCAUUGUCCAGGCUGUGAUUUGCAUUUGAGUGUGCCAUUCCAGUGUCUGUCGCCUUCUCGCUUUUUAUGCUUCUGCUGCUAAACUAGAUGAUUCACUCACAUUUCUGUAAAAUUGGUAUUUCCACAAUUUGUUUUUCUCCUUGAGGAAUGACAAUUUAUUAUAUCUUGUAACAGAGGUGGUGACAGCUAUCACAACAGUAUUAGAAUAUGCUUUUAGUGCUGCUCCAGGUAGUAGAGUAUUGCUAUUCCAAAAUGUUACUUUCGGUAUUGACAGGCCGGCAACACAACUGUGUUCUUAUUUCAAGUCGGUGUGAAUGUAGAUUAGUGGAGAGUGGUUUCGUAUCUUUUUUUCUGUACAUUGCUCACAUCACUCCCAAACCAAGUGGUGGGUUAUCAUUCGUUAGCUGCUGCUGUAGGAACACAAAUGCCUGACAAACCUUAUAAGUGAAGUGUGUAAUGUCUUCUGAGAGGAAAAUGUUCUACAGAGAAAUUUGAUAUUUUUAAACACUUGCCUGAAGCAAAUCACAAUACCUACUUACCAGUUAUUGAAACAGGGGGAAGUAAGCGGAGCCUACAGAAAAAAAGGAAGAAAAUAGAUGUUCAGGUUAGAGCUUUCAGAAAAUGCUGCUCCUUUAUAAGAAAAGGGGGGGGGGGGGUCACUGACUACUUCUUCAAGCUGUCGGAAGAUUUCUAAGUAAAUUAUCCUUUCCUUACUUCUCCACUUAAAGUCUUAUACUCACAUGUCCCUCUUUCGUCAACUAUUUCCUCUCUCAAAGAAGGAAGCACUAAUUCAAAAAAUUAGCUAGUUCAAUAUUGUGUGCACUGCCCCCCUCAUUACCAUCAGCUUUAGGUCGGCCCUGAUUAGCUGGCUUCUGUUUCAGAAAUUCUCUUUCUGUUUUGUGUAGUACAAAUUUUGGUUUUUAGCAUUUGUAUUUUAGUUUGCAAUUCAGUUCAUUUCUAUGUUAUUUACUUUACGCAGCUAGUCCUUCUAGAACUGAUUGAUAAGAUAUUUUAUACGAAAAAGGCUGGUCUUUUAUUCACCAAAAUGAGGUCACAUGUUUUUGCAAGACUUAAUUUCCUUUCUUCAUAUAUCUGUUCUGAAACCACAGAAACAAUUUACUGCAACAUGUACAUUACUCAGAAGUGAAUCAUCUGUGGAGGUGAGGCAGCUGUAAAUCUUUGCAUUAAUUGCCUUGAAGAUUUAUAGGAUGAUGCCAACAAACAUUUUAAAAUAUUUCAACCUUCUUGUUGUUUCUGUCAUCAUAUAGAGGCAGUGGAAUCUAAAAAUAUCAUUUCUCAGAUUCGAUGGAUUGUAGCAAUUUUGGAAUUAUGUUUUCAUAGUAACAGUAUUAUGCGUGUUACAGAAAGAUGGAAUGAUAUUCAAACAUUCAGUAGUGCUGUCCAUUCUGCAGAGAACCCUGUGACAUACUUAAUAUGUACAGUGGAUAAAUGCAGAUAUUUGCUAAAUUUUUGUUGCUGUACUUCUGUGCUAAGAACAUACUAGAAAUCACUUUGUUCUAACUUGUUGCUUCCAGUGAUAUUACUCAGCAUCUUGCACUAUCAGAAAUAUCAAGUGAGACUUGUUUAAAUGCCCAUAGUUUAUUAUAUUUCCAACACUACAAGGGAAUGACUUUACAUCUUGUGUAGAAAAAUUGUCGAUUCCAAUUUCUUCUUCUCUGUGUAGAGCCUGGUCAUUGACCUCAGACUAUUUAAAUAUUGGCAUUUAUUAUUAUUAACUGAUACAGACUUAUGAAUUGUAUUAUAAAGAAUGCUCUGCUCGGUUAUAAAGAAGAAUAACGCUCUUGAUGUCUAAAGGGAAGAUUUUUACAAGCAUAACACACAAAUUUGUUAGUUCAUAUAAUUUAGCUUGGAACUUAUUUUCAUCAAAUUAGUGAGCUAUAAACUAUACCGUCAAUUGCAGAAAAACAUUAUAUUUAGUGCUUGAGAGUACACGACUGUGAGAUCGAUGGUACAAAAUCUGCCAUUGACCUUUUUAGAUUGUCAUUUGCUCUGGGGGCUGUUUAUGAACAUACCCCAAUAAGGAGACCAGGAAAUAGUGGUUUCCACUAUCUGUUGCAGUACAAUGCUCUUUUGAUAGGCUGUCAAAUUUAGCUUUGCUGGAUCUCUGUUUCCACAUGGUCAGUUUUCUAAUUGUGAGGAACCACAUACAAGUUUCUUUACAAGAGAUAUGUAUGUUUCUCACCGUUCGUGGUGAAUUUCCAUUAUGUAUGCUCUGAACAGACUGUUUAUUUUCACUGUCACACAGUGGCAGUGUGGAAGCUGGUAUUUGUGAUCUAAUCACAGUUAUCUAUUACUCUUUACAACAAAUUGACCCUUACUGUUCUGUGCACAGGUGGCUGAUGGGUGUAAUUGAUUCGAUAGAAAUUAAAUUAUGUUGACCUUUAUGUAUUAUUUUCAGGCCACUGCCGUCAUUAAUUAACAGACAACAUUAUGUUUAGUAUGUCUACAUCUAAAGAAGCAGAAAUAAUGUGAAAUUAGCAGCUGCUGAAAUGUUAUGUGUAAUUCACUUGGAAAUCAUUUUACGGAUUUCUUUAAACAAAAUACCCAUUAAUCUCUAUGUCAUCUGCUAACGUAAAUGGUAGUGAACAGAAAUUAUUCAGUACUUUUUGAUAUCAACUGAUUUCUAUCGAUUCAGCUAAUCCCAUUAGUUGUCUCACCAAUUAUCUUCUUGGAAUGUAUGUGUAUAGUAUUGAAAUGUUCUUUCCGUUAUUAUCCAUUCAGUGCAACUGGCAACAAAAUAUUGUUCCAGAGAAUGAGUGCAGUCUUACAGAACUACAAUUUGACUGUGUUUUUUAUGCCUUACCUUCCAAUGAUUGACAUCACUGCUGCUUCCAAGUCUUUAAAAGUUUCUAUUACAAAAUGUAAACUUUUUGAAAUUCUCACUUUAUUUAGAACUCCAGUAAGAAAUUUUUAUCGGUCAUUCCUUUUUGAGAUGUAUAUUAAGAGAGAAAACAGACUGUUUGCAGAUGGUUGCCUCAGGUGAUGCAGUAGCUGUAUAUCCAAUCAGUCACUUAACACUUAAAAAUACUUUUUCAGCCAAGUAUGCUGAACAACUAUCUAGCUUUUGUAUUUGGAAGGCCUACAUAGACUUUUUACAUUUCUUGUGUACCAUUGCACGAAUGAUUGCUGCUGGAAGAGAUGUUUUGCAGUUUUGGAAAAUUUCCAGUUUUACAGUGACAAAAGUAUAAAAUCGGUUGUUGUCCGAGUAGCAUUUACUGCAGGUACUGGUAGUUUUAUACUUCAGGGUCCAAUAAUGCAACGAUGUGUGUUCUCUGUGUGCUAAAACUGAUGAUGAUUGUCAAUUAGCAGUUACUGAUUUUUGUUGACUGUGUACAUAAACCUGUUUUUAUUGUGCCACAGUAGCGAUUGUUUUGCCUUAUUUCAGACAUGUAAAUUCAGAAUGUACUUUGAAGUUAAAAAUAUUUAUUACCUCUCUCAUAUUGUGCAGAAGUGGACAUUUAUGUCACAGAUGUGUGUUAAUUUGUACCACAUGAGAGGAAAAUGUUGUGGCAUGUGUGAUUUAUUUAGCAGGUCAUUGAUAGUAGUAAAUGUUACUGUGGUGAGCUUACAACAAACUUGUGGUGUUGGAUGCAAUGAUAACUUUUUAUUGCAGUGACAUUAAACUGUAUUUAUUUUUUAUAUAA